AGGAGAAGCACGGCAUCCAUACACCCUGUUUCCUCGGUGGAUUUAAUUAUUUCAUCUGUUUGUUUGUUUGUAUUGCUGUAGGCUUCGAGUGCCUGGAUCAUGGCGCUUCUCUCAGACGGGGGUUACUGGGGAAUGGAGCUGCUGGACUUUCUGCUUGAGCAGCCUCAUAGGAACGCUCAUAUGGAGAGCCAUGGUGACCAUGGCAACCCUGUGUGGACAAUUGCAGAGCAAAGCGCUCUGUCUCAUGGUGAGGGUGCUGUCGGUAACUUCCUGGACUCCCUGUUGCAUGCAUCAGAUGGCGUGUCGAACCCUUGCUCGCCCCUGUGGGUUCCCUCCCCCUGCGAUAGCGGAAUCAGUGACGACACACCGUCAGACCACCUGGACAGCCCCCUGCCGCCCAACCAUGUCAUCCUCCCUCACCAAGCAUAUCUUCAUCCUCCUCAUCAGCAGAGAGAGGAGCCCAGCGCACCCGCCGGCAACAUGGAGACGGAUUUCUCCAUUGAUCUGGGUGAUUGGGAGGCUUGUCUAUUCCCUGCCGGUCUGACAGACUCUCAGUGUAUCACAACAGCGCCGAGAAUUCAACCAAAUCAAGCUUACCAGCUCAGUGUAAAAGACCUGCUGCUCUCCAACAUCGGAGAACCAUCCAAUGCUCCAUCCCAGCAAUCGCAGCAAGAGCUUAUUCUCAGCGAGGACGAGAAGAAACUUUUAGCCAAAGAAGGAGUCAGUCUUUCCAGCCAGAUGCCUCUAAACAAGUAUGAAGAAAAGAUUUUGAAGAAGAUCCGGAGGAAGAUCCGGAACAAGCAGUCGGCGCAGGAAAGUCGUAAGAAAAAGAAGGAAUAUGUGGAUGGACUCGAGGACAGGAUGGCUGCAUGCACCACACAAAAUCUGGAACUACAGAAAAAAGUCUUUCAGCUGGAAAAGACCAACGUGUCUCUGAUGGAGCAGUUACGUCGACUGCAGGCACUGGUGAUGAACAGUUCCUGUAAACCUGCUCAAACUGGCACCUGUAUCCUGGUGCUGGUCCUCUCUUUCUCUCUCAUCCUGAUACCAAACCUUCAUCCUGGUUUCCACAGGAGGGCCACGGAUCCCGGGGACAUCAGCGCUGCCAAAGUGCAGUCCAGGUCACUGCGCUCCGUGAUGGAGGUCUACAGCAUUCAGCCCGGCUUCUCGGUUGGCGGGGAUGUUGUCGUGCCGUCGUCUCCGCACACUAAGCUUCUCAGACCUGAGUACGCUGAUAUGGAGCCGCUGCUUCACAAUCACAGCUACAGAGACCAUGAGCAUCACCACGGCGAUCCCAUCACCGGUCACGCCACCACACUGAGCUGGCUGUAACAUCCUGGAAAAGAGAGGAAGUGGUGUCAUUGAUAAACUGUUAUUUGUGUGUUAUUCUACUUCAAUAAGGUUUGGUGCGAAGUAUGCAUCGUAACCGUGGUGUCAUGUCAGCAUGAAAUUACUCCGCAUGAAAUUACCCAGCAUGCACUUCCAGAAGGUUGCGGCAAAACCAAGUAGGCCUACAAAUAUUAGACUGUGUUUUAACAUUGCCCUAGGGGAGAAAUUAAUCAUGUAGAUUUGGCCCAACACUGCACAUCGCAAUACGAGCAAAUGUUCCCGCCAAGGGUCGUGCGCCUCGACGUGCCAAGAUCGUUUUUCUGCGACGGCUUGAUAAACUGGGAUUGAUGCAUGGGACAGCACGUCUCAUUUAGCAGAAUCAAGCUGUCGCGUUCACUCAAGGCUCGACAUAUGAAAACAACACAGAGUCUUCUGGCGCCCUUCAAUAAUGCAAAAGCCACUUUUCAAUUCUCAAUGUCAGUGAAGACAAUCUCAAAUCCAAUUUAGCACUUCUGAUGCUGAUUUAGUUUGUGAGCCAAACAACUCAAAUCUUAAACCGAGAGUUUAUGUUUGACCGGUUAGAAUCUCUCGCUACUCAUUCCCGGUGCAGAAUCCCCCAGAGCGCUCUGACUCACGAUCAAGCUUGUCUCAUGAAUUUUAAACAACACUCUUUGUUUUUAACCACUAGAUUACAGGCGUUCUGUUGACUUUUAUUGAUAACUAAACCGGUUGCAUUCAUAACUAGGAAAUGUGGUGGUUUGUUCAUGCAAGCAUAUGCCCCGGGUACGUUUAGUGCUUGCUCUUUCUCCAUCCGUACUUCACCUGCAACUCGCAGCUGUUGCCUGACAAUUGGGAUAUGUGUGUAAUUGGACCAGUGGAGUAUGUUGCAUUUUGAGAUUGUGAAAUCGAAAGCGCAUCAGGGAAAAAGGCUAAGGGAAAAAGCUGGUGUCCAUGUGUUUAAAUACACCUUUCCGUUCAAUGUGAGUGCAGGUGCAGAGGUAAAGAGGGGCAGUGAAGAAUAACAAUUAUUCUUAAUUAUUAUUAUUCUUGCUGUUUUUGUCAGCUCGCGAGGCCAGUUCUUUCAAACACACGAGUGUAGAGCUCCGGUACAACCUCGGACAAAAAAUAAAAAAAAAUUUCAUUCUUUUUGUCCAAGAAAACUUUUCGAAAGAUGUCUACAAGAAUAGGCCUAUAUCGACUGUCCUAUACAUUUUCCUUUUUUUUUAAACUAUUUGUCCUCUUUUCAUUUCGAGCGGCACAAAUGAAGCACUGUCUUUCUUCCCAGGAAAUGUUGAAUACAUUUGCAGUGUCCAAGGUUAUUCUUAGGUUUUUCACACUUUAAAUUUAAUUGUGUGUGUGUGUGCGUGCGUGCGUGUGUGUGUGUGUGUGUAUAAGAACAUGCUGUACUUGAAGGAUGAAUUAUGUUCAUAGAUGUAAAUAAAUGAUGUCAGCUUUGAUGAGCAUUUCAUUGCCUAGUUCAUUAAACACAAAGAUUACAAUGUAUUAAAAACUCAUUUCAACCAA